AUGGCGGCUGAAAGAGGUAACAAAUAUGUACCAAGAGCGAUUCUCUUGGAUUUAGAACCUGGUACAAUGGACUCUGUUCGUUCUGGACCUUUUGGUCAACUAUUUAGACCAGAUAACUUUAUAUUUGGUCAGAGUGGAGCUGGCAAUAAUUGGGCCAAAGGUCAUUACACGGAAGGAGCUGAAUUGGUCGAUACAGUCCUGGACGUAGUUCGUAAGGAAGCUGAAAACUGUGAUUGUCUGCAAGGUUUCCAACUUGCUCAUUCUUUGGGUGGUGGUACUGGAUCUGGAAUGGGGACCUUACUUAUUUCAAAGAUCCGAGAAGAGUUUCCUGAUCGAAUCAUGAAUACUUUCAGUGUGAUGCCAUCUCCAAAAGUAAGAUAA